GAGAACCAAACCAUAACCCAUCCAGCGCGUACCAAUGACAAACAGGAACUAAAAUAAAGCCCACAGUCUUCCAUUUAUUUCCCUCAUUCUCGAGCUUGCAAGCACUGGCACUCUUCUCAGCUUCCCGGAGGCGCGGAUCUGAGUUUUACUGCACCUUCGAAUGUUCGGAUAGAGGGGAAUUUCGGGCGAUGUGAAGCGGGAUCGAGAGGGUUCCCGGGGUUUGUAGCGAUGGAUCCGCCUUCACUGGUGUCGCAGGUGCCGGUGCCGGAGAUGUGGCAGUUCCCGACGGUCAGAGUGCCGCCGUCGGGGCCAAGGGUUGGGCGGAUGGUUCCUGGACCGGAGGUCGCUGCCGUUGGGAACCGGGAUGCGUCGCUGGAUGAGUCCACGGUCACCGAGCAGAGCGGCGGGAGCCGGGGGAGGAGGAAGCGGAGGGAUUCGGCUUCCGAGGAUGAGUCGUCCAAGCUUGCCUCGACCAGCAGUGGCAAUGACUUGACUGAUUCUGAAGUUAAACGUCUCAAGGCCAUCAAAUCUACUAAUGAAACUAGCAACUUAAAAACGGAGGCUGAGGCAAGUUCAGGCAUAUGCAACAAGACCGUGGAUCAAAAUCCUUCACCCACUGAGCCAGCCAAACAAGAUUACAUCCAUGUGAGAGCAAGAAGGGGUCAAGCAACUGACAGCCACAGCCUUGCUGAGAGAGCAAGGAGAGAAAAAAUAAGCGAAAGAAUGAAGAUUCUUCAAGAUCUAGUCCCUGGAUGUAAUAAGGUAAUUGGUAAAGCAUCAGUCCUUGAUGAGAUAAUUAAUUACAUUCAGGCAUUACAACGUCAGGUUGAGUUCCUAUCAAUGAAGCUAGAAGCUGUUAAUUCCCGCAUCAAUGCUGGCAUUGAAGGGUUCCCCACUAAAGAUUUUGGUGCUCAAACAUAUGAUACAACUUCUAGUUUGGCAUUCAGCACGCAGCCAGCAAGGGAGUAUGGACAGGGUUCAGCGACAGAAUGGCUUCAUAUGCAGGUUGGUGGUGCGUUUGAAAGAGUGACAUAAUUGUAGCAAAUCCUCUUUUAUGGGAAAUAAGAGCAGAUUACUUGGAUGAAUCCCGUCUGUUAUUGUAGACUAUUUAUAUUCAGAUCAACUAAGCUACCAAGUAUGUUCCAAAUGUGAUCUUAUUCCUAGUUUGGAGCUGUUCUGUUGAUAGGGUUAUGAACAGAAAAAAGUUGGGUAGUCUCCAUUUUCUAGCAUCAGGGGAAUAUCAAGUUACUUCCUUUCAUGUGUUCUAUGGACAUAGAAUUUGUGUGUUUCAGUGGUAUCAGAGAACAUAUCUGACUAAAACUGUGCUGCUAUACUUUGUGACAUAGCUAAGGAAUUAAUGUUGUUGACAAAUUUGUUUAGAUAUAUCAGCAUUAGCAUGAUAUUCUA